UCGCCCCACUGUUAGAGACCGGGAGUUUCGCGCCCUCUGGAGGUGACUGCGUAGUAUCGUUCUACUCCAUUGACCCGGAAAUAGAUUUCACUUCUCUCGGUCACACGUGUGGAAGUACCAACUGGUUAUCAUGGGGAAGUCCAAACAAACCCGAAACCACAACAAUGGCAAGAAGAAGAACAUUGCAAAGACCUGGAAGACAAAGCGCAGGACCAAAGACCUGGAUCAGAUCCACUCAGACAUGAAGCCUGACACGGCUGCUAAACUGCUGCAUCAGGAGGUUGACUACGAUGUAACCGGAUGUGCACAACACUACUGCUUACACUGCGCGAGAUAUUUUGUGGAUAUGAGAUCCUUGAAAGAGCACUUCAAAACUAAAGUGCAUAAAAAACGACUGAAACAGCUCAGAGAAGAGCCCUACACCCAGGAAGAGGCAGAGAGAGCAGCAGGCAUGGGCUCAUACAUCCCUCCAAAAGUUGUUGAAGUGAAGACCCAACCAUUAGAGGAGGACAUGGAAUGAAAGCCUCUGACAUUAAUCCACGGACUGAUUAACUCAUAAAAGAGGCAUUAGCAGUUAAUGCUUGCAGUUAUUGUUGUCACAUACUUUAGUAGCAAAUCUGAAAAUGCCUUUUGUGACAGAUAAUGUUUGUUUUUCAGCCAGCUGUGAGAAACAUGGUUGUUAAACUUCCAUCACCAAGUUCAGAAGGCUUCUCCUUACAAUCAGAUGCAUUGUCUGCCUAUGUAAAUACAAAGGAUGGUGGAAUGUUUUCUACAAUAAUAAAUUUUGUGGAGUUGAUUAAGUCACAUUACACAUGUGGAGUACAGCAGUGCAGUUAGAGCUGUACCUGAACUUACCAGACAAAGAAAUAGAGGAAAACGUGCAUUUCUGUACACAAAGUAAUAUUUAUUUUUCACGCUAGUUGUUCAUUUAAAAUACUGGACAGUUAACUAAGUUUGACUAUUGAUAGAAAAUGUAAUUCUGCUGUGUACUGUAGACCUUAUUUUGUUACUGCUUCAAAUGGAGGGAAUUGGAGAUGUGCAUAGUGAUUCAGAUGUCUGCGACCAGGCUAACUUAUACCUCGUUAAACUUCUAAAUGUUCUUAAUUAAACAAUCUUGAGACAACACUGCACAGAGAUCAUAUCAUCAUGUCUCAUUUUACAGGUCACAAGGAUUGGGAAUGACACAGUUGGAGUGCUUGUGCUUUAGUUGGAGGCACUGGGUUUCACACGUAGUCCCCUAUUUUCAGUGGCGUAGUAACUGAGCAAACUCAUAAUUUUAAAUAUCAGGAGUAUUUUUAAUGCUUCAGUGGAAAUUCUUGGCACUCGAUGGCUGUGUGAAAUCUACAGUCCAUGAGCAUUACCAGUGCUGUAGCCACCUUCGGCUGUUUGUUUGUGGGUCUCUUCAUUCAGUUUUGAAUUUAAUUACCGAAAAGCUAAUCUGUUAGGUUGAAAUCAGGUGACGGAUUGAAAAAUAUCCCAUAUGUUUGUCUUGAGAAACGCUUGGGUUGCUUUUGAAGUAUGCGUUGAGCAAGAAUCCGUUUACUGUGAAUCUGUGAAGCUUUGAUCAGUUUUGCAGUAUUUGGCUGAAUCUGAGCGGAUAGUAUAGCCUUGUACACUUCACAAUUCAUUCUGCUACUUCUAUCAGCAGACACUUCCACUGUCAGCCAUACAUGCCCAUGCCGAAACAUUGUCUCUACCAUGUUUGAAAAAUAAUGUGGUUUAGUGUAGAUCUUUCUCCAUACUUU